UGGAGCCCGUCUUAUCAUCGAUCGUACGAUUUAUAAAAUCGCAGCGAAACAAAAGAGCGUACGACCACCUUAAGAUUUACCGUACGACUGUAUUAUCAAACACGUCGUACGAACUUGACAAGUUACGAAUCGUAAGGAAAUAACGCAUGCGCACUAAGUCAUCGCUUAACUCUUCACGAUGAAGGUAUUACGCGAGUAACUGUCAUAACAACCAGACGAACAUAGUUGACAAUGGCAGAAAAGAAAAGGAAAAUCAACUGGACAGAAGAAGAAAGAGAGAUUUUAAUAGAACAGUGCACCAGCGAAACUGGCCGGAAGAUCAACCUAAAAUUUAGCAACGAAAUAUCGGCAAAAGAUAAAGCCAUUUUCUGGGAAAAGACAGCAGAAAGGAUUAACAGCAUAUCAAUGUGUCAGCGCACUGCUGAUGAAGUGAAAAAGAAAUGGAUUGACACAAAGUCUAGUGCAAAGAAGAAGGCACAAUCUAUGAAAAAAGAGCUGGGCAGAACAGGCGGUGGGCCCUAUCCAGGUGGUCUGACAAACCUGGAAGAGAAGGUUGUAACAGUUAUCCCGAAGUGUUCAAUAGAUGGAAUAGUGAAUGCUAUUGAUAUAUUUGCUGAUGCUCAAGAAGGAGAUGUUCCAUCAAUAUCUAACAGUAUUAGUGAACCAGUCCAAGGGGCAUCAUGCCCAGCAAGAGAAGUAUCCAAUGAGCCAGAAACAGAAAGAAAAGCAUCAGUGUCUGAAAAAAUAAAGAAAAGACAGAAAAUGGAAGAUGUAUCAGCAAGCAGUCAACGGGACAUGAUCGUCAAACUUGAAGAAGAAAAAGUUUUCCUACUCAAAGAACUGAUCUGUGCACAUCGUGAACAGACUGCGCACUUGCAACAGCUAACAGCAUCUGUUAACAAGCUGACUGAUGCCAUGAUCAGCAACAAUGUUAUGUCAAGUUUUUUUAACUGAUAUUUUAUUAUAAAUUAAAGCUUCCUAAAAGAUUGUUACAACAGAUGCCUCUUAGCUGUUGCAAGUGCCCAAGUGCAUAUACACAAUGUUAUAUGCCAAAUAGUUAAGCUCUAGGCCUUGUGGCACAAUGUGCACAGGUUUGAUACAAAAUAAUUUUCAUUAAUAAUGAGUUGUUGUUAGUAGAAAAACAAACACAUACAUAAUUAUGGUUUAAAGUUAUAUAUUUGCUGGCAUAAUACAUUUAAAUAAAAAAAUGGCAACUCUUUUUUUAUCACAAGAUCACUCAUUAUAAGUUAAUAACUAAAUGUCAUAUUUUGAAAGGUCAUUUGAAAAAUGUGUAACUAUAACAAUGGCUGUUUGUAAAUCAUGCAUGCCCCCCAUAUGGGCUGUCAGUUGUAGUGGCAGCCAUUGUUUGAAUAAUUUGUUUAACCUAGUGACCUGAAAAUCAAUAGGGGUCAUCUGCCAGUCAUGAUCAAUUCACCUAUGAAUAUUCUUGAUCCUAGACCUAAUUAUUGUUGAGUUAUGAUCAGAAAAGCAUUAUACUCUUUCAAGUCGCUGUGAACUUGAACUAGUGACCUGAAAAUCAAUAGGGGUCAUCUGCCAGUCAUGAUCAAUGUACCUAUGAAGUUUCAUGAUCCUAGCCGUAAGCAUUAAUGAGUUAUCAUCCGGAAACCAUUUUACUGUUUUGAGUCACUGUGACCUUGACCUUUGACCUAGUGACCUGACACUCAAUAGGGGUCAUCUGCCCAAUCAUAUUCUAUGUUCCUAUGAAGUUUCAUGAUCCUAGGCGUUAGCAUUCUAUAGUUAUCAUCCAGAAACCAUUUUGCUAUUUCGAGUCACUGUA